AUGACCAAGUUCGUCCUCACCGGUUCCGACGGCAACCUCGGCCGCAUCGCCGCUGACUUCGCCAUUGAGAUCCUCAAACCUGAAGAUCAGCUGGUGCUCACCAGCUACAACCUCAAGGCGAUCCCCGAAGAUGUCGUUGCCGGCUGGCGUGCCAACGGCGCAGAGGUCGUGGAUGCCAGCUACGACGAUGUCGAGAGUCUGAAGAAGGCGUUCGAGGGUGCGGAAGCUGUGGGCUUCAUCUCGACGUGGCUGUUCGGUGACGGUCGUCGUAAUCAGGCCAAGAACGUCUGCGCUGCUGCCAAGGCCGUCGGUGUCAAGCGUGUGUGCUACACCUCGUUCGUUGGCGCCGGCUGCGAGACGGACGUGGAGGAGGAGAUCCCGUUCCUUCCCCGUGACCACCACUUUGUGGAGAAGACGGUUAAGGAGUCUGGACUGCAGUACAACAUCCAGCGCAACUGGCUGUACAUGGACAACAUCCCGACUCUGUUCGCGCCGUCGUGGAAGUUCUGCGGCGACAAGUGGCUGUCCAACAGCCACGGCGUGCCCGGCGCGUACGUCGCGCGUGAAGACUGCGGCCGCGUGUUUGCUGCUCUGAUCCUGGGCCGUGGCGAGCCCAACAAGGUGUACGACGUCACCGGCCCCGAGGUCGUCCAGCAGAAGGAUCUGAUGGAGUGGAUUGGUGGCUCGACCGCGGUCUGCCCACUGACAUGGCAACGGGGGACUUCUCGCAGCUGCCCAUGA